AAAAGGGUGUUAUGAUCUUUUCUACGUCGUGCGUGCGUGCUUGGUGGAAGUAUAUGGAGCUGUCUAUUGCACGUUUUUGAAAUGAAUAGGUUUCAUUAUAUUAGAGUUGAAAAUAAUAGUCUUUCAGUUUGAACUGUAUAGUGGUGGACUGGAAUUCAGUAGCUUUUUCGAACACUGAAAGCUUGAAACGUGUGCCCAUUUAAGUACAGCAGUCAACUAAAGCAUGCCUCAUAGGAAAAAGAAGCCCUUUAUAGACAAAAAGAAGGCUGUGACUUUCCACCUUGUGCAUAGGAGUCAAAGGGAUCCUUUGGCAGCAGAUGAAACUGCACCACAAAGAGUACUCUUGCCAGCUGAAAAGAGAGAUGUUGCCAAGAGACAGGAAGAGCAGAUGAAAUAUGGGGUCUUCUUCGAUGAUGACUAUGACUAUCUUCAGCACCUUAAAGAAGCUUCAGGCCCCUGCGAACUAGUUCCUUCCAGUUCCCCUCACAACAAGAAUCGUAUUUGUGAUGCUGAUGAAGAUGAGUGCAGUAAUGAUGAUGAAAAUGAAGUGCAAGUGGAAUACAUUCCGGCACCUGUUUUAAAUCUACCAUCUUCAGUGUUUGCAUCGGAGUUUGAGGAAGAAGUUGGCUUACUAAACAAAGCUGCUCCUGUCCGAGGGUUGCAGCUCGACCUGGAUCCUGAUGUUGUUGCUGCACUAGAUGAUGACUUUGACUUCGACAGUCCAGAGAAUGUCCUCGAGGAUGAUUUUGUUGUAAAGGCAAACCAAGCAGAAAAUGGAGAUGAAGGUGACUACAGGGAAGAUGAAGCCAAUGAUUAUGGUGAUGAAGAUGAAUGGGAGGAUGCUGAAGAUGAGGAUUUUGAUUCUGAAGGUCCUCUGUCUGAAGAAGAAGAGGAGGAGGAGCCUGCAUUUCCCAUGACAAAUGGCAGACUUGUGGAUGAUAUGUUUAUGAAUGAGGAGACAAGGAGCCGAUUUACUGAUUACUCUAUGACUUCAUCUGUGAUUAGACGCAAUGAACAGUUAACAUUGUUGGAUGAAAGAUUUGAAAAGUUCUAUGAACAGUUUGAUGAAGAUGAAAUUGGAGCUCUUGAUAAUGCAGAGUUGGAAGGGUAUAUUGCCACAGAUAGCACACGACUUCAGUAUGUUAUACAAGACUUCUACAGUCAGAAAGCUAAAGAGUGCAAAAAACUUGAUGACCUGUGCUCUGAAGAAGAAUCCCAUGUAAAUAAGGAUGAUGAAGAGUGCAGCCAAGAGGAAGACUUGGAAAAUGUAGUUGUUAAGGAGCCCAAAGAAAAAUGGGAUUGUGAAUCUAUUCUUAGUACCUAUUCUAAUUUGUACAACCAUCCCACUCUCAUAAUAGAACCACCAACAAAGACUAAACUUGUUGAGGUUUCAAAGAAAACCGGUGUACCACUAGGUGUACUUCCGCAAAGGAGCCUUACUUCUAAGCAGGUGGAACGCAUGCAGAUGAUAAAUGACAGUGAUCUUCCAAGAGCUGCAACACAACCACGAGACAAAUCUGAGACAAAAGACGAAAGAAAAACUAGAAAAAAAGCAAUCAAAGAAGAGCGAAAAGAACGGCGGAUGGAAAAGAAAGCUAACAGGAUGGCAUUUAAAAUAGAAAAAUCAAGACAAGAAAAGGAAAUGCUCAACCUUAGACAGAACAUUCAGGGUCUCAAGCUGUCAUAGUAGAACACAUUUGGAACAAUUCCUGUUAAAUCUCAGAAUUUUGACCUUACCAAGGCUCAGCGUGGAUUACUUGGAAUAUGCAGUUCUGUGAAAGAUUUGGUACCAUGGAGUGCAUUUCAAAACUAGCAUUCAUUGUGUACCAGAAAGUGCCUUCUUGAAUGAUUAUGGUUUCUUAAACAAGAACAUCAGCAGAAUUGUAAACUGUGCAGGGUUUAAAAUGGUGUAGCUUGUACCUUCAGAUAAAUUAUUGAAAGUUACUGCUUUCCUGUAACAGUAUCAUCAACAAAUUUGUAAAUUUUUUAAAGGCUUAAAAAGGUGCAAAAUACAAGGUGUAUUACUUUAAAAAAAAUACAGUACAAAAUUCCAGCAUUGAAGAAACUACAGCUGCCCAUUGAGUUAAUAAAUUCUGGUUCUAACCAGCAUUUAUUUGGAA